CAAAGUAGCCGUCACUGUCUGUCUGCCUGUUAAUCCGGCCACAUAUCAUUUCGCCCAGUCAACGAAUCGGGCAUGGACGGUUGUUGCUGACCACCCCCUUUACGGUUCCCGUCCCGGAAGGAGAGAACAAAGCUGCUCCUCGGGGUCAAUAAUGACCCGAGUUCCCGCAUGCUAAGACGCGUUGUCUUGGGCUGGGUAGCACACCUGCCUAUCAAGGUUCUCAGCCCGCAUCCGGCAGCGGCAACUUCAGCUAUAACAACACCCAGCAUCCCAACAGUGUCAACACGGUAUCCAUAUCAACCACCUCAGUAUUACCGAAACGCUCAAAACCCUUAAGAGACAGCAGCAACCAUGGCCACCGAAGCGCCCCAACCCAAGACCGCCGUCGAGCACUUCAACGCGUCCGCCGAAUCCUACGAAAAGUACACCGGCGGCUGCACCCGCGAGCUCGCCCUCGCCCUGCUCAACCUCCCCGAACUCGCCGACGCCGGCGCGCCAGGCUCCGUGGUCCUCGACAACGCCUGCGGCACCGGCAUCGUGACCGAAGAACUCCUCCUCCGCCAACCCCCCACCACCACCACCACCACCACCACCACCUCUCCCACCAGCCCCAGCGCCACCAUCCACGCCGUCGACGCCGCCCCCAACAUGGUCACCCUCGCCCAGCACAAACUCUCCACCCUCCCCCCCCAACCCAACCACACCAUCACCACCCAUACCAUGCCCGGAGAGCACCUCGCCUUCCCCGAUCACACCUUCACCCACAGCAUCACCAACCUAGGCAUCCUCUUCUUCGCCUCCGGCCCCGCCGGCGCCGCCGAGAUCUACCGCACCCUCCGCCCGGGCGGCAUAGCCGUCGUGUCGACGUGGACCGAUCUGGGGUACAUCGGCCCCGUGGUGCAGGCGGCGCAACGGAUUGUGAGGCCGGGCGAGGAGGUGUAUAAGCUGCCGGUGGCGGGGGAGUGGUUGGAGGGGGGGUAUUUGAGGCGGGUGAUGGCUGGGGGCGGGUUUGGGGAGGCGGGGGUGGAGAUGGUGGAGAUGGUUGGGGGGGUGGAUGGGGGGUUAUACUCGAUGCUGGACUCUUAG